AUGAAGUAAUCAACUAUUAGAUCAGUUAAUCAGCUUAACUUUCCAUUUAUUUCACACUUCACAUAAUAAACAAGUGGUUCUGGUGUUUUUGAUUAAUCCGGUAUAUUGGAGGAGAUAUUCUAGCUAUAAUUGAUGAUGCUUGACAAUGUAGAAUAAUUGAAAAGCCUUAGUUAAACAUUGAAAUAAAUAUUGACUGAAACCAAUUUACAUGUACAAUGUCAAGUAAGUGAACAUUAAUAUCUGGGAAGGAUAUAAAGUGAAUCCUAUGAAAUUCUAGUAUUGCAAUAUUACCAUUAAAGGUUACAAAUCUCCUUCGAAUUGUAAAGUUUAUUGCAAUGA